AUGGCCAAGCAUGCGCGAGGCGCUCGAUGCAGCGUGCUCUGCCUCGCAGUGCUCGUUUACCAACUCUGCACGCUGGUCCAGCGGGAUUUCGCGGGCGUCCCAGGAAACCGCGCCAGCCCAGUGGUCAGGAGAGCUCAGCCGGAUGCAAAGGUUCUAGCCAAAGAGGUGCAGCCAGCGCAGCCUUCUGCGGAAGAAGAACUCCAGCUUUUGAACCAGACGCAGGGAGCACUGGAGAAAGAGCUGCAGAAAGAGCUUGCAAGCGCCCCUGCACCAAAGAGCGAACAGGCGGAGGAGAGCAAGCCAUCGCGAGCUGCCCAGAAGACCGCAGAGACCAAGGAGCGGGUUGCCGAAAAGAAGCUCCGUCUUGAACGUGAGGCUCAGAAAGCUCAGGACGUCUCAGAGGAUGAGUUCGAGUUGGACUUUGACUUUGCCGGAUAUGCCAAGCAAGCUCGGGAAAUGGCUGCGGAAGCUGGCAAGGAGGCUGCUAAGCCAGGGAAAGAAAGCGCUGCGGCACGCGGCAAACAGUUGGCACUGGAGUUUGUAGCUUCAGGCUUGGAUGCCGCAUCCGAAGCUCCCGUUCUGGUUCCUGUUGGGGUUGCCACGUUGGGUGUUGUGUUGUUGGCCCUUACGUCUGGACGGCCAGCUGAGACACCUGUUUCAGCGCGUCCGAAGCCCGCAGCGCCAGUUCUUGUGACUGCCCCGUCCAGGGCCACCGUCUCUGAAAGAUUGGAGGCAUCACCUCCAGCGCCCGCAGCAACACCCACACCCGCAGCACCUGCGGCACCUGCAGCACCGAAGGUAGUGCCCAAGGUGCCCACCAGGCAGGACCUGCCGUGGGCCAAAGACUUUGCCAAGUCUGCCAGAGACACGCUGAAAACCGUGGCCGACGAGCUCCCUGCUGCCGAAGAGGUCGUGGAGAAGGAGCUUCCCGUGGCCGAGUCUGCCAUCGAGUGGGUCUCCAGCCUGACGCCUGAGAACGCUCCGGAAAAAAUCGAGAAAGAUGCGCUGCCCGCAUUUGGGCGUCUUGCAGGAGAGGCCUUGAGGUCAACAUUGCGCGCUGGGGCUCUGGGCUUGGACUUUGCCUCCAAGAACUUGCCAGCCGCGGAGGAAGCUCUGGGCAAGGCUGUUGAGAAAGGCAUGCCGAUGGCGCAAUCGGCUUUGCGUGAUGCAGCCUCGGGAGCCCGAAGUCUGGCCAAGGAGGGCCUCCCAGGUCUCCCUGAGACAGAAUCCAACUCAGUGGUGCGUGCAUUGGUGUCAGCAGCACCAGACGUCUUGUCAAACACAGCCAAAGUUUUGGAUGCCACUGCAGAUGCAGCCCCGCAAGUGAGCUCCACUGUGGGGCAGGCUGUGACAAUGGUGACUCCAAUAGCACAGGCUACGCUGGGAGUCGCCUCCAACGUGGUCGGGGGUGUGUCCCAAAUUCCUGGAUCCACUGUGGAGCAAGCCGUCGGAAAGUUAAGCGACACUGUCAAGGCAUCCAUACCGCCGGAUGCCGCAGCCAACGCGAAGCAGCUGAUUGAGUCGGCGGCUUCCUCCGUGCUCACACCAACGAAGUGA